UGGACUCACCACCGCCAUCGCUGUCCUCGCACUCUCGAUCCUGUUGCUGCUCACGCGCAAGCUUCUCUUGCUCGCUCUCUCUCUCUCUCUCUCUCACACGCACAUCGUGAUGCUCUAUGUGCAUCGCUCGCCUUCUCCUUCCUCCAUAUCUCUAGUGUAAAGGGUUUCAGUGGAGUUUUUACGCUGCCGAAUCAACCCCAGCACGGCGCGACUUGGUUGCGCAGUGGACAUGAUGUCGCGGAACCCUAACCGGGUUGUGCAGUGGAGGAGCGGAGAGGGCGCCAUGGAUCUGAAGGCGCGCGUUGCUUUGUCUUCGUUUAUGUUUAUGCUGUUGCUGUUUUCCCCCGCGCAUGCGUUUUACUUGCCCGGGACUUAUCUGCAUCCGUAUCACAAAGGGGACAAGCUGGAGGUGAAGGUUAACUCCAUCACCUCCAUCGAGACGGAGCUUCCUUACUCGUACUACAGUCUCCCGUUCUGCAGACCCCCCGAGGGUAUCCACAAAGUGGCGGAGAACAUCGGGGAGAUGCUGAUGGGUGACCAGAUUGAGAAUUCGCCGUACAAGUUUCAGAUGAAGAUAGACCAGAACGAUUUGCUUGCGUGUGUCGCGCCUGCCAUGACCGAGAACGAUGUGAAGCACAUCACUCAGCGAAUUGAUGAUCUGUACCUGGUGAACUUGAUUCUGGAUAAUUUGCCUGCGUCGCGGCUCAUCAGGCAGAAGGAUCCGAGCAACCCGUUGCGGUUGACAGGGUCGCCGAUUGGGUUCAAGAUCGAGGCCGACUCACAGCAUUACAUUUACAACCACUUGAUUUUCAAGGUUUUGGUGCACCCUUACGACAAGGACUCUGGCUCAGGGGCUGUGUUAGGUACCGGGGAGGGUUUGGACACCAUGCCCGUGGCAACGACGCAGAACCUGACGGGGACUUACAUGGUGGUAGGGUUUGAGGUGGUUCCUUGCAGUGUUGUGCGCGAUUCUAAGGCUGCGAGUAAGUUGAACUACCAGGAUGCCCUUCCCCCGUCAGAUUGUGAUCCUAAGAAGCCUUACCAGCCCAUCAAGGUGGGACAAGAGAUCGUGUACUCAUACAGCGUCCAGUUCGAAGAUAGUUCAAUCCGGUGGCCGAGCAGGUGGGACGCGUACUUGAAGAUGGAUGGAGCGCGCGUGCACUGGUUCUCGAUAUUGAACUCUCUGAUGGUGAUCUCGUUCCUUGCUGGAAUCGUGUUCGUGAUUUUCCUGAGAACGGUCCGGAGGGACUUGACGAAGUACGAGGAGCUGGACAAGGAAGCGCAAGUGCAGAUGAACGAGGAGCUGUCGGGAUGGAAGCUGGUGGUAGGCGACGUGUUCCGUGCACCCGAGAACCCUCAGCUGCUUUGCGUGGUGAUUGGGGACGGAGUCCAGAUUCUGGGAAUGGCGGUGGUUACGAUCCUGUUCGCAGCACUGGGAUUUAUGUCUCCUGCGUCGCGAGGAAUGCUGCUGACCGGAAUGGUUAUGUUGUACCUGUUCUUGGGGAUCAUCGCUGGGUACGUGGCUUCGCGAAUGUGGUACACUCUGAAGGGCUUGAAAGAUGGAUGGAGGCCGAUAGCGUGGAAGACGGCAUGCUUCUUCCCCGGGAUCGCAUUCACAAUCAUGACGAGCUUGAACUUCCUCUUGUGGUCACGGGGCAGUACGGGUGCCAUUCCUAUCUCUCUGUAUUUCACACUGCUGUUUUUGUGGUUUACCAUUUCGGUGCCUCUGACUUUGCUGGGAGGGUAUCUGGGCGUGAAAGCGGAGCCAAUCACAUUCCCUGUCCGAACGAACCAGAUUCCACGUGAGAUUCCACCACAGCGUUAUCCUUCAUGGCUGCUGGUGCUAGGCGCGGGCACGCUGCCGUUUGGGACGCUGUUCAUCGAGCUGUUCUUCAUCAUGUCAAGCAUCUGGCUGGGGCGCGUGUAUUACGUGUUCGGGUUUCUGUUCGUGGUGUUGAUCCUGCUGGUGAUCGUGUGCGCGGAAGUGUCAGUAGUUCUAACCUACAUGCACUUGUGCGUUGAGGACCAUCGGUGGUGGUGGAAGUCUUUCUUCGCAUCUGGGUCGGUGGCGCUGUAUGUGUUCCUGUAUUCAAUCAAUUACCUGGUAUUUGACCUGCACAGCCUGGCGGGGCCGGCGUCUGCGAUGCUGUACGUGGGAUACUCGCUGUUAAUGGCAAUCGCGAUUAUGUUCGCGACGGGCACAGUGGGAUUCCUGAUGUCGUUCUACUUCGUGCACUACUUGUUCUCGUCAGUGAAGAUCGAUUAAAGGAUGUAGAAGUCUUAUGCAAUCAAGGCUGUGAUUGUGUUUUGGGAGACGUGGUAAGCAAAUGCAGCCUUGGGGAUUGUCUAUAUGCCAGACUUGUGUAGGAUGUGGGAUCAUGAUGUAGCUUAUGAUUAGAUUUUUGUUUUUAUUUUGGUGGAGUUCAUCUUCAUCCCCGAGUAGGAUUAGAUAGGACUUCUUAUCGGAAGCAGAACUUGUAAGAACAGGCCGGAAAGAGUGGGCGAACAUUGUUCUCUGGCAUGUUGUAUGAAGAGGUCAGCAAAUGGAGUUGAUGAUAAAAUGAAAAAGAGGGCGGUUUAUCUAUUUCAUGCA